AGGAAACAGGCAGGGGGCUCAGUGCGGAAGGCAGAGUCGCCAUGGGCAAAGUGCGGAGCAGCUCCCACAGCAGCAACGCCAAAGCCCGACAGCACAAGCGAAGGCGCUCCAGGAAGUGGCGGGAUCCCUACUCCUUGGGCGCGGCGGGCCAGGGCAUGGGUAGGUGGCGUCCACCUGUGUCGGCCCGCUCGGCGGGCAGGAGGGCCGGCUCAUCCCGCAGGCAUGCUGCCCGGCUGCGGCUGCGAAGGAAGCGCUGGUGGCGCCGCGCCCGCAGAGCGCUGCUGGCCAAGGGCGCGCGGGCUGCUGCCCGGAGGCGGCGGGCGCGCGGCCUGCGCCCCGGUUGGCUGGAGCUGGGCGCACAGCGGGAGCGCUGGGAGCAGUUCAGGAAGCGGCGCGGCCUGAGCUGCGAGGACACCGCCAAGUUCCUGCUGGACACCUUCGAGUACCCGGGCCUGGUGUACCACACCGGCGGCUGCCACUGCGGCGCGGUGCGCUUCGCGGUCUGGGCGCCGGCCGACCUGCACGUCGUGGAUUGCAGCUGCGGGCUGUGCAGGAAGAAGCAGCACCGCCACUUCCUGGUGCCGGCCUCGCGCUUCUCGCUGCUGCGGGGCGCAGACCGCCUCAUCACCUACCGCUCGCGCUUGCACCCCGCGCUGCACAGCUUCUGCAGCCGCUGCGGCGUGCAGGGCUUCCACGCGUCUCAGGCCCGCAGCGGCGGCUUCUAUGGCAUCGCCCCGCACUGCCUGGACCCGGGCACCGUGCACAGCGUGGUCAUCGAGGAGGUGGAUGGCGGCGACUGGGAUGAGGAGUCCUGGCUCGACGAGGACGACGAGGCUGAGGAGGAGGUGAGCCUGCUGAAUGUCAGCGCGAUGCAGUGAGCCCCGACGCCGCGCACCAAGAGCCGCGGACAGAUCCACUGCCACCCAUAGUCCCCUAGCCGCCCCCCACCCCCGCCCCUGCCACCGUGUUUGUGAACAUUUGUGCUGUGACACACCGUUUUCUCUGGACGGGUGAACUUGUGGUGUUGCCCCCCCCCCCACACACACACAUAGGACCUCUGCCCUACCCCCUACCCUCCAGCGCUUUCUACUGGGUUCACUCCCUGGACUGUGGACUGAGAAACCUUCUGGUCUGCAGAGCAGGUCAUGCCUCUGCCUUUCCAGGUCCCUUUGGCAUCACUCUGUUUAAUGGCUGGUAACCCCACUACCCUCUCUGCCUGUGAACUGUAAGGUCAUGUUGCUGUAGUGAACAACAGAACUUUCAGUGGCUGUGUCCAGACAUUUACCUUGUUCUGCUGGUGGACCCUGGUGUGUGUUUGUGUUAGUUGGCCACUCAGGCCACUCACCUUUUUGCCACUUAGAGACAGAUGUGUAUUUUAAAAUAUGUGUAGUUUAAAAGAACGCUUCGAACACUUGCUAUCCCCACAGCCCUUGUUUACUUACUUAUCAGGUGCUGUUCUGUUGUUUUGUUUCCUUCUAGGAACCCUGAUUGCCAAUCCUUGAGGUGUGGGAAUGGAAUUCCAAAGCAAAGAAAUGGGUCUGUGUGCCCUAAGUCCUCUUUGGUGUCUUGAAACCCUUGAAGUGUUUAUUUGUUCAGUAUUCAGAAACUAAUAAAGUGUUUACAAAUAUGAAA